ACUCGAUCUCUUCGAGGUGGGGAUCCCUCAUUUGGGUGACCAAACUAAGUCCAAAGUAAUACUCACUACGCGAUCUGAACGAGUAUGCGAUGAAAUGGAAGUUCAUAAGAGGAUGAGGGUAAAGUGUUUGACCCCGGAUGAAGCAUUUUCUCUGUUCCGUGACAAGGUUGGUGAGAAUAUCUUGAAUUCACAUCCGGAAAUAAAAAGGCUUGCAAAGAUUGUUGUUGAAGAAUGUAAAGGACUGCCACUUGCCCUCAUCGUCAUUGGGCGAUCAAUGGCUAGCAGGAAAACUCCUCGAGAAUGGGAGCAAGCAAUUCAAGUGCUGAAGAGUUACCCAGCAGAGUUUUCAGGUAUGGGAGAUCAAGUAUUUCCAAUUUUGAAAUUCAGUUACGAUCACUUGGACAAUGAUACCAUCAAAUCAUGUUUCCUAUAUUGUUCUAUAUUCCCUGAAGACCAUGAAAUUCUGAAUGAAGGCCUCAUAGAUCUUUGGAUUGGGGAGGGGUUUCUGAACAAAUUUGAUGAUAUACACAAAGCACACAAUCAAGGAGAUGAGAUUAUUAGAAGCUUAAAACUUGCAUGUCUCUUGGAAGGCGAUGUAUCUGAAGAUACUUGUAAGAUGCAUGAUGUGAUCCGUGACAUGGCUCUAUGGUUAUCAUGUGAUUAUGGGAAAAAGAGGCACAAAAUUUUUGUACUAGAUCAUGUUCAGUUGACUGAAGCAUAUGAAAUUGUGAAAUGGAAAGAAGCUCAACGGAUUUCACUAUGGGAUUCUAAUGUCAAUAAAGGACUCUCUCUAUCACCCUGUUUCCCCAAUCUCCAAACUUUGAUUUUGAUAAAUAGUAACAUGAAGUCACUUCCAAUUGGAUUCUUCCAAUCCAUGCCUGCCAUAAGAGUUUUGGAUUUGUCACGUAAUGAAGAAUUAGUGGAGUUACCUUUGGAGAUUUGCAAAUUAGAGAGUUUGGAAUAUCUGAAUCUAACAUGGACCAGUAUAAAAAGGAUGCCUAUAGAACUAAAGAAUUUGACAAAAUUGAGGUGUUUGAUAUUGGACCGUGUGAAGUGGCUUGAAGUAAUUCCAUCAAAUGUGAUAUCUUGCCUUCCAAAUUUGCAGAUGUUUAGAAUGGUGCACCGCGUUUCCCUGGAUAUUGUGGAAUAUGAUGAAGUUGGAGUGUUACAGGAGUUGGAGUGCUUGCAAUACCUGAGUUGGAUAAGUAUCAGCUUACUUACAACCCCAGUUGUUAAAAAAUAUCUCACCUCCUUGAUGCUGCAGAAGCGCAUACGAGAUCUAAACAUGAGGACGUGCCCAGGUUUGAAGGUGGUGGAGCUGCCACUUUCGACUUUGCAAACACUCACUAUGCUUGGAUUUGAUCAUUGUAAUGAUUUGGAACGUGUUAAAAUAAAUAUGGACUGUCUCGAGGUCAUAUCUCAAACUCUAACUUCCACAACCUUGUUCGUGUGAAUAUUUCUGGGUGUCGAUUCUUGGACCUGACCUGGCUUAUUUAUGCUCCAAGCCUUGAGUUCCUGUUGGUUCGCACUAGUCGUGACAUGGAAGAAAUUAUAGGGAAUGAUGAGUGUGAAGACUCAAAAAUUGACCAACAAAAUCUCAGCAUAUUCUCAAGACUUGUGGUGUUAUGGUUGCAUGAUCUCCCAAAUCUAAAGAGUAUCUACAGGCGGGCCUUGCCAUUUCAUUCCCUAAAAAAGAUCCAUGUGUAUCAUUGUCCAAAUCUAAGGAAAUUGCCAUUGAAUUCCAAUAGUGCCAACAACACUCUGAAAAUAAUUGAGGGGGAAUCAAGCUGGUGGGAGAACUUGAAGUGGGAGGAUGACAACCUCAAGCGCACUUUCACUUCGUAUUUCAAAACAUGGUGAUUGAAAGGAGGAGAUGGUUGUAGAGUUCUAUGUUAUGGAGGUUUGUAGGAAUUGUUGGGUUUCCUUCAUUUCCUUUAAUUUCUUCUCUGUUUUCUGACAAACCCAUUGGUCUUCCUCUCCUAGGACAAGUUUUUGAAGAACGUUUGGUGGUGAGUGAUUGGGUGCUCGGAAUGCAUAGCAAGAGUAGCAUAAAUAAUUGUUGAAA